GACCCAAGCGCGGGAAACCCACACAGCUGUUUAGGGUCACUCCCUCUCGAUCAACGUGAACCAGGAAGAUAGAGUCACAAAAUGCCACCCAGUCCGGCCCCCCAGGUGACAAAAGAACUGAUCUUGCAGAGGACAGACUGCAAACAACUUGCUGAUGUUAAAAAACUGGAUCUGUCAAAUCUAGGUUUAGAGAAUAUAGAUGGAAACCUCUUCUCUCAGAUGCCCAACCUGCAAGACCUCAACCUAUCGAAAAAUAAACUGGCGGCCUUCCCAGAAGACCUUGGGCUCGGCAAGCUGCAGGUUCUAGAUGUGAGUGAAAACAACCUGAGGUCUUUCCUGUCCCUGGCACAGUUUCAGGAGCUGGAGCAGGUCAACAUACACGACAACCCAUACACUGCAGCAGACCGUGAACAGCUGACCUUCCUUCUGCCCAAAAUAAAGUCAGUAGAUGGAGACACAAUCCAGGACAACCACAGGCAGUAUCUGAAGAGGGUAUUUGGAACUUCAUUGGAAGAAAAGGUGGAACUUCUAUGGGAGACCCAGUACAAGAGUUUGUUCAAAAAGAGUCAGUCUGCAGGUGUACAGCGUCUGCUACAGGACCAGUUUAUCCAGAGGGCCAAACAGAAGAUACAAGCUGGACCUGCAUCAAUGGCACAGCUUAGGGACUGGAGGAUAGAAACUAUCGCGAGCAAGCUUGUAGCUGAACAAGACUUGAAGAUUGCCAGAGGAGAAGCCAGCAUGUCAUCAAAAAGGUCACAUGAAGAGUCCUCCACCAAUGGGGUGUCAUCUGAAGCAGAAGCACCAAGCAAGAAACCAAGAAAUGUGACCUUCAACGACAAGGUCGUCAAUGCAGCUGAGAAGAGUUCUGAGACUGUCACAAGCAGAGAUGGGAGGGUUAAGGUCGAUCUCCUUCCUAAGACCCUGGGAAGGACACUUGCAAAGAAAGUGGUGCCAAAACCAGCCUCAAAGAAGCCAAGCCCUACUCUUAGUAAGGACAGCACAGCAGACUAUGAGCCCUCCCACAUCCUCCAGUGUCACUCACUGAAGAAUAACAGGGACGACAUGAAGACUAUGGUCUGGAAGUGCGUCUUUGAACCAAAUCCUGACAAAACAGAGGAAAGUACUUCAAUUGUGGCGACUUGUGGUGGGGAGUCAGUUUGUCUGUUGGACUGCAGGACUGGCAAAGUUGUGCAGAAGUUCUCUCAACCAAAAGAGGACUUCUUUUGUGUUGUGUGGAUGACAAUUCCUCUUGACGACAAGAAGGAGAAGAUGACCAACAUCCUGGUUGUGGGAGGGAAGAAGGGGAAGUUUUACCUGAUCCACCCACAGCAGAACAUCUGGUACGCUGAGCAUGAGGCACACCGCAGGGACAUGUGCUCCAUGGUGGUGCACCCCGACCAACCAACAUGGCUGUACACUGGUUCUUAUGACAAAACCAUCCGGCUAUGGGACAUCAGUCCACCUAAGCUGCCCAACUAUGAGUGCAGAAUCAAGAAGCUGGCUGAGUGGUCCCCACCAUCCAUCCCCCUCCACAUGCUGUUGUUUCCAGGUCGUAACCUACUACUCGCUGCCUGCAGGUCGGGCUGUUUUGGCUUCAAGUUAAACCACAAGGAGGAGAACUGGAAGAAGACCUACACCACAGAGUUCACCUUCCCUAAGGUGGAGAAGUGCACAGAGGAUGGGCAGGAGGUUGAGACAGAGUUCAUGGACAACAUGACCUUGAUAUCUCCAGAUGUCAUUGCUUCCAAGUUGGUAGGACAUGGGUGCAUCUACCUGUGGAACUUGCCAGGAACCCUGAAACGCAGUGCCAAGAUCAAGGUCCAGGGUCCUCAAACCUUGAAGGUUCAGCCGGUGGCACAUCUGGAGUGGAGUGAGACAUUCAUAGACUACAUCUACUUCAAGAUGUGGCCAGGCUAUGACGUGUUGGUGUGUGGAGAUGAUGUGGGGAACACCUGGAUGUAUGAUGUCUCCAAGUUCCUGACCAGGAAGUUGCCUGAGGACACACCUGUCCCACCUGCACAGAAACUGUUCUGGCCAGACUGCACUUGGAAUGGGACCAGGUUGUCAAAGGAGUCAGAUAAGGAUGAGGUUCCCACUGUAGUUUCCCCAUCCUCCAGCAUGUCUGAAACGAAGGUACGCCUGCUGCCAAGUGUGAACGACAUUGCCAUCAGUUCCACCGGAGACUUCAUUGUGGGUGUGACAGACUGUAACCUGGUCUUCAUGUGGAGGAAAAACAAGACUGUGGAGUAGAAAGAAACUAGACUGUAAAAGAUCACACAAUCUCAGUCUUUUGUUUCUUGGGAAUUGCAGUCAGUUCACAUUGCUGAUAUGUGUAGCUAUAAGAUGACUAAAUACUGGCAAUGUUGAACUUAUUUCUAACUUACAUGUACUUUUAAGGAAGACAACCUUCCUUAGGAUCAUGAUUUAACAUGUUGGACAUAGAAGGAGAGAUUAGCACAAAAUAUUCUGAAAUAUUUUAAGGAUUUCUGUAACUUCUGUGUUGGGAAUUUAAUGAUAUUAACAUACAUAUUGCUAGAGUUCUUUUCUUUCUGCAUUGUACAGAAUCUGGGAAGAGAUGUUGAUUGAGUUGUUGACAGGAUUGUUAAACUCAAUUUUUUGGUCGGCUAAUUUUGGAAGCAUGUAUACAUUUACAUGAUACAUUUACUGACCAACAAUGUUUGUUAAAUUGGUGGCAGGAACAUUUUUAAAUCCUACUUAUGUUGUAGGAUGUGAUUUUAUUUAUUGCAUUCUGCCUCUCAUGGCAUUAAGUUUUACUUGCAUUAAGUUCCAUUUCAUGUUUAAAUCUUCCUUGUUUCUACACAUUAUUCAUAGAAUGAAAGAUUUUAUGACAAAUUUUUUUGUAUCUUUCAAUCAUUUCUUUUGUAAAGCUCUGUUCUCUAUACGUAACUUGUUUACGUAACUUAUUUUAUUAGUAGUGGGCUGACCUACUAUUGUAAUGCUAUAUGUAUUGCUUAUAUGUAUAUCUCAGUAAUGUAUACAAGUGUAGACUCUUCCUUUAGUGCCAUUAUUUCAUGAAGAUGUAGAUAUAUUUACUUUAUAAAACACUCGAGUCUUUCAUUCAAUUGCAUCAUAUACAUGUAAGUUACAAGACUAGGGAAGAAU